AUGAGUGCUGUAUCCGAGUGUAGGCUGUUCCUGGAAACGCUCCGCCUGGAGGAAAGCGACUCCUCACACCUGUCACGGCAGCCAGGUCCUGGUGACGAGUGGGACACAGACCUCGACACUGACGAGGACGAAGGUAACAAAGCUGACUUGUCGCCAGCUGAGAUCUACCAACACGCCUGCCGGGUGGUUGGCGUAGUUCCCGUCAGUUACUACCUACGAAAUUUGAGCGACAGCAUUCUGAACCUAAACCACCGCGGGUUGGGCCCCCUGGGGGUCAAGGCGCUAGCCAUCGCCCUGGCGUCUGACGUGCGCCUCACAACGCUGGAGCUGAAGGACAAUUACUUGCUGGCCGAAGGGACCAGAUACAUCGUGGAGAUGCUUAAGGCAAAUGUGACUAUUCAGAAUCUGAACCUCUCAAAUAAUCAUUUGCAGACUGCAGGUGCCGAGUGCAUUACAAAAUUUUUGGUGGACAACAUCUCAAUCCAGUCACUCAAACUCUCAGGAAACGGAUUCAAAGAAGAUGAUGCCAAAUACUUUGCAGACACCUUUUCUACUAACUACAGAGUAAAGGAGUUGGACCUGAGUCACAAUGACUUCUCUGGAAAAGGAGGGGAGCAUCUAGGCCAGCUGCUAGCAAGCAAUGAGGGCCUGGAGACGCUCGACCUGAGCUGGAAUCACCUGAGAAUGAAAGGUGCUGUGGCUCUUUCUGCAGGACUCAAGGGCAACAUCACCCUGAAACACCUGGACCUUUCCUGGAAUGGCUUUGGGAACGAGGGGGCCCUUGCCUUGGGGGAAGCCCUCAAAUACAACAACACCUUGGUGCUCCUGAACCUGAGCCACAACCGGAUUACCAACGAGGGAGCAGAAAUGCUAUGCAAGGGCUUGGAGGCCAACGACACACUACACACGCUCCGGCUGGCCUAUAACACCUUGACAGUGGAAGGAGCACUGGCACUCCUAAACACAGUGAAGAACAGCCACAGAUCUGCCCUGGAGGAAAUCAACAUCUCAAACGUGCUGGUGAACGAGAACUUCGUGCGGCUGCUGGAGGUGACGCGCCAGUGGCAUCCUGGCCUGGAGGUGCAUUAUGGAGGAGUAGGCGGCUUCAUGGCCAAGAAACCCAACAAACGCCCCGACCCCAUGAAAGUCAUCCAGGAUUACCUUGAUGAGCGCAAAUUGCGCCUCUGGGACUUUUUUCGGAACAUCGACAAAGAUGGGACGAUGCGCGUGCCUGUCUCAGACUUCCGGAGAGCAGUGCAGCAAUCCACCAUACCACUAGACCGGCACCAGAUUGAGGAGCUCAUACAGAAGCUGGAUAAGGACAGAACAGGAUUAGUGGACUACAGAGGCCUGGCAGACACCAGGAAGAAGAUGAUGCGGGAUCACCGGCGACAGCUGCGUAAGGUGGAGUCACGGCAGAAGAAGGAAAAGCAGAAGAGCGAGCGCAUCUUGAAGACCUUCCAGAGUGCUGUGGAGGCAGUGACACCCCGCAGUUCCGUUGUCAUGUCCCCAGGUGGCGCCAAAGAGGACUCGAGUGGCCCACAGCGGUUCUUGGCCACGCCUCUCAGUUCCUGGCACCAUGUGGUCAUGUCCAAUAGCGGCCACUACUCCGUGACCAACAUGAGCAACGAGCACUUUCACCUGCCCUCCAUUGGGGGUCUUGCCACUUCCCGCCCACCCAGCUCACCAUCAACAUAUUCCUACUCUCGUCUCAACCUGCAAACCCCCUCAGUCAAGCUCCACUUAGACCAGGUCACAGACUUGUGCACCAGUCCUGAUGUUAUGACUCUUAAGCUGAGCCCCACAACUGAUCAGCUAACCAGGUCCAGGCCAGCCCUCAGCCUAAAAGAGUCAGGCCCAAAUGUCAAGACCACCAAGGCAAAGAAAAAGAAAUCAAGGAAACGUGGGCAAUGCAGUUAGCAGGGUCAACUAAACCCUGAGCCCAGAGCUCAUCUCACAUGUACAAAGUGUUUCACUCAGCGGCAUCAUGGAUGUGUGUGUUUCUUCCUGGUCAUAAAGCACUGCCUGUUGUGCACAGACAAUAAUUUGGAUGGAUUCCUCUGACAGGCAGAAGAUGAAAGCUUGCUAUAUACAGCUGGCAUAAUGAUUUGAACUCAAUGUAUUGCAGCAUAAUUGACUCAGAACUCAGAGCAGAAAAUACAACAAAUCAGAGCUCCUCAGCUCAGGCCCUAGAGGACAGAAGACUCUCUUUUCCUGACUGAAUCAAAUAUUCAUAAAAUCUACUCUCAUUCCCAGGGACUUUUAUUGUCUAGUUAGAAUAGUACAAACAAGCCUAACAAGGAGACCCUUACAUUUUUUUUUUAGAUCAUUGCACAUUUUUUAAUAUAUUCAAAAAAUGCUUUAUAUAUUUAUAUAUAUAUUAUCCUUGCAUUUUAAAAGUUAUUCUGUAGCAUAACCUUACCCACAUCUGAGUACAUGUUUGAUACUGAUAAUUAACUAUUACAGAAACAUGCACUUUACAGAAAACAGUUUGGUGACCCUGUGGCCUCCGGGUUUCAUGGUCCCUGCGGUUUGUGCAUCUUAUAUGAGGGGGGCAGCUUGUCAAUGCCAUACUACAUGCAGGAAGUCAAUAAUAUGAGCAUAAGCCAGGCAAGUAAGACAAGGUGUGAGGGGAUAUCAGCUUUAGGGAAUAUUGUCAGGUACACACACACACACACACACACACACACACACACAUAGACCCAAAUGUAACUUUAUUGCCACCCCUUCAUUAAUUCGAGUGUCCCUUCCUAUAUGUAUAUUUAUGUAACUCUUUAAAGGGAAGAUCACAAACAACUGUAAAGGAACUUCAGGAAGGAUUACAUGUGAUGGCUUUGGGAAGGAACCUAAUCUUCUCUAAGAUAAGAACCUGAAACCAAGACAUCCAUUAGAGACCUUGUCAGAAAGUGAAAUCUGGGGCCAUUUCAGUAUCUGCGCCCCUAUGCAGCCUCUGGGACACAGGAGUGAGAGGAACAGGGAGGUGGGGGAGGCAGGCCAAUGUGCCCAUGGGGCCAUUAGGUCCAAGAACUCCUGCCCAGACAGAGAGCUCGUUCCAGUUGGAGGACACCAUGCCGAUCAACCACAAACUGGGCCUGGAAGCUAGCAGGGUGUUCCUCCAUCAAGGCAUCAGUGGGCAACACAUUUUUGGGUCAUUUACAGCAUCUGCUCUUUCAACCUGUGCAAGAAGGUCAGGACUGAUACUUCUGCAGUCCCUUUGAGAAGUCUGAGGAGAGAUACCUGGACUACAGCCCCACAGAUCCAAACCUCUACAUGCACAAUAACAAAGGCUACUAUGUCUUACAGUGUGAAGUUUAAUAAUGCUAAGUUAUUUCAAGGAAAUCUCUCUGUUAUACUGUCACUGAUGUCGUUGAAUGUUGACAACUGAAAA